UAUAAAAUGAAAGUGCUCACUAGAUGACUAGUGCUGCUGGUGGAAACAUGAACAGAUUCUUGCUUUACAGGCUGUGUUUCCUUGUGGCUGUAUUACGGCCUGAGAGUUUCUCUAGCUUGCCUUGCCUUGAUGAUCCCGACUACAAUGACCUAGUGAAGAUUGCUGAAAAUGGGCUCGGAAAGGCAACUCAUCCAGUGGAGGUGGUCAUUGUGGGGGCAGGCAUAAGUGGACUCACUGCUGCCAAACUGCUCACAGAUGCUGGUCACAUGGUUACAGUUCUGGAAAUCAGUGGUCGUGUGGGAGGACGAAUCAGGACCUAUCGAGAUGAGACACAAGAUUGGUAUGUGGAGUUGGGAGCCAUGCGUUUGCCAAGCACCCACAGUAUUGUUCGUGAAUUUAUUAGACAAUUUGACCUUAAGCUAAACAAGUUCUCUGAGACGGAUGACAACGCCUGGUAUUUGGUUAAUGGUGUCAGGACAACAGCUGGGAAGGUCAAACAGAACCCUGAUAUCUUGAAUUAUACUGUGGCUCCCUCAGAGAGAGGCAAAUCUGCGAAGGAACUUUAUGUAGGAAUUCUGAAGAAGACCCUAAAACGGUUCCAGAGUUCAGGUUGUGAAGAGCUGCUGGAUCAGUAUGACUCCUUUUCCACCAAGGAGUACUUGAUUAAAGAAGGGAAAUUAAGCCAUGGGGCUGUACAGAUGAUCGGAGACUUGAUGAAUGAGGAUGCUGGAUUCCACAUGUCAUUUCUUAACUCUCUCAUGGAGUUUAAUAUCUUCUCUCAUGAAGACGGUUUUGAUGAGAUCACAGGGGGAUUCGACCAAUUGCCCCAGGCCUUCUACCGGUCUAUGCCUGGAGUUGUCCAGCUGAACUGCACAGUAGAGCAGAUAAUAUCCAAUGGUAACAAGGUCCGAGUGUUUUAUCGUGCACCCAACACACUGAGCCCCUCCUUAGUGACGGCUGACUAUGUCCUUGUCACAGCCUCAGCAAAAGCCACGAGACAUAUCAAAUUUCUGCCACCGCUUUCCUCCCAUAAGAGCCAUGCCCUGCGCUCCAUUCACUAUGCCACCGCCACCAAGGUUGCCUUGGCCUGCACCGAAAAGUUCUGGGAGAAGGAGGGGAUUCGAGGUGGGCCGUCAGUCACAGAUCGCCCUUCCAGAUUCAUCUACUAUCCCAACCACAACUUCUCUAGUGGGGUGGGGGUGAUUGUGGCUUCCUACACGUGGAACGACGACGCUGACUUCUUUCUUCCCCUGAGUGAUGAGAAGUGCAUUGAUGUGGUGUUGGAGGACCUGGCAGAAAUCCACAAGGUAUCUAAUGUAUCUAAGGACGAUCUCCGGUUCAUCUGUGAUAAACACGUGAUACAGAGAUGGAACCUGGACAAGCAUUCCAUGGGAGCAUUUGCCUCGUUCACCCCCUACCAGUUUGCUGACUAUUCUGGGCCUUUGUUUCAGAAUGAAGGGAGGGUCCACUUUGCAGGAGAACACACAGCCCAGCCUCAUGCCUGGAUUGACACCGCUAUGAAAUCUGCUGUGAGAGCAGCAAGGAACAUCCACGGGGAUAGCUAUCUGUCAUGGGGGCAACAUCAGCUGCAGAAGCAGCAAGAACAACAGGAGCAGGAAAGGGUUAACUGGGUUCAAAAAGUUGAACUUUAAUUGCUUCAUGGGUAUUUAGGGAAGGCACAACUGUACUGGACACUGAGGGCUGGUCUACACUAAAGCUGUAAGUCGAGCUAAGUUAUGCUACUUCAAUUACGUAAGUUAUUAACUGAAGUCGACAUGAGUUAGGUCAACUUACAGUGGUUUCUACACCGCACUGUGUCAAUGGGAGACGGUCUCCCGCCGACUUACUUUACGCUUCUCAAGGAGCUGGAGUACAGUCGUCAAUGGGAGAAUGCUCUGACAUCGACUCAGUGGGGCUUCACCAGACCCGCUAAAUCGACACUGCUGCAUUGACUGCAGCAGUGCCCAUUUAGCCAUAAGUAUAGACAUGCCCUCUGAGUAGGGAAUUAGAAACUGCACUGCUAAUCUCCUUCACUGGGACAGAUCCUCAGCUAGUGUAAAUUGGUCUAUUUCCAUUGAAGUCAAUAGAGCUACACCAAUCAACACCAGUAGUGGAUUUGGCCCCAUAUCUGUUGUAAGUAAACUGAGAUUGUACUUCUCCUUUGAAAUAUUAGAUAGAUAGAUCUAUUACAGUAUAGGAACCUCCAUAGAAAUAGUUUGUUUCAUUAAUCAAAGUUAUUACUGAUCAAAUACACUGCACUAACCUGAUCUUUAUAAAGAGAAAAACAAUUGUUCUGUAGCAUCCUAUCAAUAAAGGAAGAGAUGGAAAUAAUUAAAUAUUGCUCAGUUUCAAUGAAUUGCUUUUAUCUUGUUUAUAAGUUGUAAACCAUGAUAUUUUGCAGUGGUGAUGCUAUGGAACAGGGAAGGCUGAGAGAACAGCUUAUUCCGAAACAAACUCCAAUCAGUUACACUUUUCUAAACAUGUUUCUGACAAUGCAAAUAAACAAAACCAGGCAUGCGCUGAUGGCCUUAAAUCCUAGGCCCUGACUAGACUAGAAUUAUUGGUCAUGUUGUCACUCAGGUUGAUUGACAUGUUGGGUGAACUCACAUGAUGCUGAAUGCAAAUGUAGAUACUCCACAAAUGUUUGUUGUUGGUCACGGGUUCAAGUUAGGGCUCAGGAACCAGAUUGGGAAGCAAUAUUUGUGCCACUGAACAAACAAGGGCAAAAAUUUUGGUCUUGGCAGGGCCCUGUGUGAUUUCUUUUCAAAGAAAAUGUGAAUUAAACAUUUUCAGAUAUUGCUGAAGUACAUAAGGGUGAAAUAAGCUGUUUCUCUGCCACUGUGGGAUUUGUUUUGAGGGUGUCUUUGUUGGUGACACUGGGCACUACUCUAGAUAACUCGGGAGGGUGGAAGACCACAAGUGUCAAUAAAGCCCUCUUGCUCUAGGCCCAAAUAAACUAAAGCCCCUCUGCUCCUUAAACUUUCUGUGACCCUGCACAACUAUGAGGAAGCUAGCACACAAACAGACAGGUUUGCAUACGGCUCGCCAGCCAAGGCCAGCUUCGGCCUGGAAAACAUAUAAAUAAGGCAAAAAUGUUUAGCAAAAACCAGUAACAAAUAAACCAAAUAAGGCAAGGCUUGGGCAAUGCUACUGAGGAAAAACACAACUGGCUGCUUUAGCUAAUUGGCUACGGUAUUGUACGGGGCAACAGGUAAUUGGUUGCAUAAGCUUGUGUAGUAAAGUAGGCAAAGGUAUAAAAUGUAUACUGUAACCUGCAUUCGGGGCUGCAGGAUUGGAGACAGCUCAGUCUCCCUGCGCCCUAUUUGGAGCUCCAAAUAAAUCUCUCUGCUUCUCCACCCCGUUGUGGUCACUGGUGCGACGCAUACCGGGCAACGAACCCAGCUGUUGCUUGCCGCGGGCACUCUAUGCCGGCAACAUGUUCAUCCUGAAACUGGGCAUGUGAUUUGGCCACUCAUCCUCACUUGGAAUAGUACUUCACUCUGGGCCUGAUUCUACCACACUUCCUUAUUUUAUGUAAUACCUAAGUCCUGGUCUGCUCUAGAAAAUUAGGUCAUCAUAACUAAGUCACUCAGGCAAGUGAAAAAUCUACACUCCUGAUUGGCCUAGUUAAGCCAACCCAAGUCCCCGAGUAGACAGCGCCAGGGUGACUGAGGAAUUCUUCUGUUGACCUAGUUACCGCCUCUCGGGGAGGGGGUUUACCUACACCAAUGGGAGAAUCCUCCCGCAGGCGUAAAUUGUGUCUACAUAGAAGAGGUAAAGAGAUGCUGCUGUAGCGUUUCAAGUCCAGACAAGCCCUUUAGCUCUGAUUAGCCCCAUGGGGUACAAGAAUGAGCAGUUACUUACAUUGGACAAUGGGAUGUUCUGAUAAUGGGCUCUCUCAAUCUCUCCUGUUGAAGCUGUUCCAUUUUAAUUAAAUAUUAAGUGGGCCAGAGAAAGAGUGAGAAUCAUGAGUAUUGGUAAACAAGUAUUUAGGGCACUCACCUGAGAGGUGUGAGACCCCUCUUCAAACCUAUUUUUCUCAUCAGGCCAAAAGGGGAAUUGAACAGGGUUUUCCCACAUCCUGGUGAGCGUGCUAACCACUGGGCUAAAAGUUGGGAAAAAGCUCUCCCCCAGCCUAGCUGUUUUGUUUGGAUUUGUGUGUGGUUGGAGCACACCUAUUGGAUUGAGGAAUGCCUAUGUUCUUAGUAAAAAGAAAAGGAGGACUUGUGGCACCUUAGAGACUAACAAGUUUAUUUGAGCAUAAGCUUUUGUGAACUACAGCUCACUUCAUCGGAUACAUGUAGUGGAAAAUACAGUGGGGAGAUUUUAUAUACACAGAGAACAUGAAACAAUGGGUGCUACCAUACACACUGUAACAAGAGUGAUCAGGUAAGGUGAGCUAUUACCAGCAGGAGAGUGGGGGGAGGGAAGGGGAGGAAAGCUUUUGUAGUGAUAAUCAAGGUGGGCCAUUUCCAGCAGUUGACAAGAAUGUGUGAAAAACUGUGUGUGUGUGAAAUAAACAUGGGGAAAUAAUUUUACUUUGUGUAAUGACACAUCCACUCCCAGUCUUUAUUCAAGCCUAAGUUAAUUGUAUCCAGUUUGCAAAUUAAUUCCAAUUCAGCAGUCUCUCGUUGGAAUCUGUUUUUGAAGUUUUUUUUGUUGAAGAAUUGCCACUUUUAGGUCUGUAAUCGAGUGACCUAAGAGAUUGAAGUGUUCUCCAACUGGUUUUUGAAUAUUAUAAUUCUUGAUGUUUGAUUUGUGUCCAUUUAUUCUUUUAUGUAGAGACUGUCCAGUUUGACCAAUGUACAUGGCAGAGGGGCAUUGCUGGCAUUGUUGGUCACUCGAUUACAGACCUAAAAGUGGAUACAGACUUAGUCAUACUUCUUGUUCAGCCAGUGGCUGAGUGGACUUGUAGGUGCUAAAGUUUUACAUUGUUUUGUUUGAGUGCAGUUAUGUAACAACAAAAAACUACAUUUGUAAGUUGCACUUUCAUGAUAAAGAGAUUGUUUGUACAGUACUUGUAUGAGGUGAAUUGAAAAAUACUCUUGUUUAUUUUUACAGUGCAAAUAUUUGUAAUAAAAUAUAAAGUGAGCACUGUACACUUUGUAUUCUGUGUUGCAGCUGAAAUCGAUAUAUUUGAAAAUGUAGAAAAACAUCCAAAAUAUUUAAUAAAUUUCAAUUGGUAUUCUAUUGUU